UUUCAUAUUAAUUUAUUUUAAUUUAUUCAAAUACACAAAAUAAAACGUAAAAUUUCACAUUUCUUCUCUCUCUGUCUCUCUCCAAUGGAUACAGAAAGCGGAAGAGAAAAAUUCCCAUAAUCGAACAAUUUCGAAAAUUAGGGUUUCGUUUCUUUUUAUUCCUCUUCAUAAAAGCUACAGAAGAAAAAUUUGAAGCAGAAGAAGGAGGAUGAUGAAGAGAUUGUUGGGUGGACCUGGAACAGUGAGUGGAUUCUUGUUGCGGUUUGGACAAUGUGCAUUUGGUGCUGCUUCCAUCAGCGUCAUGGUUACUUCUUUUGGCUUCUCUACCUAUACCGCUUUUUGCUAUUUAACAGCAUCAAUGGGACUUCAGGUGCUUUGGAGCUUUGGACUUGCAUGUCUUGAUAUUUAUGCCUUGAGAAAAAAGAGAGACUUGCAAAAUCCAAUUCUUGUUAGCCUGUUUGUUGUUGGCGAUUGGGUAACAGCCAUUUUGUCACUAGCAGCUGCAUGCUCAUCAGCCGGAGUUGUAGUUUUAUAUACAAGAGACGUGGAUAUGUGCGUGAUUCAUAAGAUAAUCCCUUGCCACAGGUAUCAGGUUUCUGUAGCCAUGGCUUUCGUCACCUGGUUUCUUACCGCAAUAUCAUCACAUGUGAUGUUUUGGAUACUGGCCUCAGUCUAGCCUGUAGCCUGACUAUCAUACACAUCACAGUUUCUUCGAUAUCUUCCUGACGCUGACGCGGGGGGCUAAAUUUUCUUUACCGUCCCUUCUCGAAACUCUUGAUAGGUGGUUGUUGAGGUGUCAGUUUAGUAUUUCAGUUAUCGUAGUGAUCUCGCUGCAAUUCAGUUCUUGGUUAAAAAAAAAUCCCGCCUCAAUCUAGUUGUAGAGUUUCGAUUUAAUUUUAGCUUUGGAUAUGAUUCUGUGAUUUUUUCUUUCUUAAUGUAGGCAAAUUAUCUCACUCAUGCUACAUUUUUGCUGUUGUACAUAAUCUUGUUUAGUAAUUUAGUAUCCUGAAAACCUUAAAAAGAGAUUGUGGAGCUCUCA